AUGUCUCUGAAGAUGCCCUCGCCCGACGGCAAUGGGCUGUCGCCGCUGCCAUCGCCACCGCCAUCGCCGCCGCUGUUAUCAGGCGGACGGCCGCGUCUUCCGGCGUCGCUCGCGGCCUUCUCGCCCGCAUCUCUGCACGGGUCCUCGACAGCGACGGUUCCGCUCAACAUUGCCCACCGCGGCUUCAAGGCGCGCUGGCCCGAGAACUCGCUGGCGGCGUUCCGGGCGGCGCUUGACCCGACGCAGGGCGGCGCCCAGGCCAUCGAGACGGACGUGCACCUCUCGCGCGACGGCGCCGUGGUGCUGUCACACGACCCGACGCUGCGCCGCUGUUUCGGCCGGCCUGAACGCAUCUGUGACUGCGACUGGGCGAUGCUGGCGACGCUGCGCACGGAGCGACUGCCGGGCGAGCCCAUGGCCCGGCUGGCCGACGUGCUGGAGCUGCUGGCCGAGCCGGCCAACGAGACAGCCUGGGUGCUGCUGGACAUCAAGCGUGAUGACCCUCCACAGGAGCUGCUGCAGCGCGUGGCCGAGACGGUUGAGGCAGCUCCCGGCGACUGGGCUGGACGGAUUGUGCUCGGGUGCUGGCAGGCCGUGGCGAUGCGGAUCUGCCGCGAACUCAUGCCCAGCCUUCCGGUUGCCUACAUCGGCUUCUCGCUCUCCUGUGCCGAGGCCCUGCUGGCCCACCACCCCGACGUGGUGCAGGUGUUCAACAUGGAGCAGCACGUGCUCGUCGGCAGCCGUGGCGCCCGCUUCGUGCGCGCGGCCCAGGACGAGCUCAGCCCGGCCGGCCGACACAGCGUGCUGGCCUGGACGGUCAACGAUCCCGAGUGGAUGGAGUGGAGCAUCCGGCGCGGCCUCGACGGCGUCAUCACUGACGACCCGGCCGCCUACGACAAGGUGCUGCGGCGGCGGCGGUCCGAAGCCGCGCAGAAGAAGCUGCUCAUGGUGGUAGAUGAGAACACGCCGCUGCAGACAGCCGGCAACGAGACCGCUGUCGGCCCUUUCCCACACCCUCCGGCGAGCUCGACCCUCACGGGCUUCUUCAUCCGCCGCUGGGCUCGUCUCUACGCAUGGACCGGCUUCGUCAAAGGCGUGGCAAUCGUCUUCAACAGCAUCAUGUGGGUUCGCAACGGGUCGUGGCAGACGCAUCUGCAGAAGACGUUGGGGCAGUAG